AUGCCACCAAGAGGGAAGACUGCUCCUGCAGGGCUCGUCAAAAAAGAGCAGCAUGACAAAGAACCUUCCAACUGUGGGGCUGCCUCGUCACCCUUGCCAGCGGUUUUGGAUGCAUCUACACCAUGCGGAAGCCAGAAAUUUUUUCUUUCACCCCCGACCCUUCCGAUGAGCAUCCACCCUUUAAAUUAUUCCUCUCCUAUGACUAGUAUUGCCGACGAGGACGAAUUUCCACAUCUAUCUCAGCUCACACAGAUGGUUCGAGCAACGAGACUAACACCGAAACCGAAACCAAAGACGCAGAGGGAUACAACUGAUAGAGAGGAUCCGCCAUUUGAAAUGCUCAAUGAUAUAGAAAGCGACGAUUCUACAAAGUCCGCAAAGUUCCAAGGGAAGCAGCGUGAACAGUCCCGUUCCCUGGCCGGUACACUAGCCUUUACGAAGCGCAAAUGGGACAAAUCGAUAUCGUCCUCUCCGUCUACUUCGAGGCCAAAACAGCGACUGAAGUACUUCCAUGACCCAGGAAACGAUGAAAAUGGGAGUUCAUCGUGUUCUCGCUCGAGAAAAUCCUCCGAUUUUCUCAGAUAUAACUUUUACGAUUCAUUCCUGUACUUGGAUGCCAGUGUCAUCGUCCGCAGCGGAUUGACACAGUUCAAACUGCGUCGUACAUUACUAGCGAAACACGGAGUGUGGUUCACGGCGCGUUUUCAAAAAUACCCAGAUGACAGGUUCGGGGAACUCCCACAAGAUUAUACAAAGCAAGCCCCAAUAGGUGAAAGCGCUUAUAUGGUAGAAUCGGAAAAACUAUACAAGAAACGGGAAGAUGAGAUAUACUUGUGA